AUGGACGCGCCAUCUUCACAACUCCAUCUCGAAGUUCGCGACUCGGUCGUUCGCGCUCUUGCAACGCGCAGGCCUAUCCUCCACCAUCUAAAUGCCGAUACAUCCUGGCUACUCCAAAUACCACGCCCAGCGAACGCCGUCAAACAUGGAAGUCGCAUAUACUACAAUGUUCUGAUUGACCCGUGGUUCGUUGGCGGGCAAAGCGAUGUCGCGAAAUGGUUUAGCCAACAAUUCCACGCGACGGAGAGCGCUGUUAAGAGUGUUGCCGAAGUGGAGGAGCUGGCGCGACAGGUGGAGAUAUUAGCUGGAGGCCUACGAAUGGGUAGGAAAGGAAGGAAGAGAAACAUAGAGGAGGUAGAGGAGGAAAGCUAUGUGGAUUGUGUGGCUGUUAGCCAUGAGUUCACAGACCAUUGUCAUAAAGAGACACUUCUAGAGGUACAUCGUGAUGUACCUGUUCUCGCGACAGAGCAAGCAGCCAACCUAAUAUCCUCCUGGAACCACUUCCGUACAGUGAUAACAACACCCACCUUCACCGACAACGCCGACUGGCACGACUACAGCCUCUCCCCUCUCCCUUCGUGGCUCAGCAUAUCGCGUCUUACGGCGUCUGGAGAUUCUCUCUACUACCACUCUGCGCUCCUCAUUACCUUCGCUACACAUCCCUUCUUAUCGACAGCCACGCCUAAGAAACGUCUCUCAAGUCUCAGUAUAAACGGUGAUGGAGCAGAGGACUUCUCAUCCAACAUCAAUGGCGAGGAAGCGGAGUGUGUAAUCUACACGCCACACGGCAUCCCCCACGAGGCCCUCAGCCCAAUCGCCAAAGCCGAUCCACCGCUACAUACACUCGCUUUCCUCCAUGGACUCCACGACGUAUCCAUAUCUUCCGCUCAGCAACUCAAUCUCGGUGCCAAGAACGGUGUUCUUGCACAGCGCAUAUUACGAGCGAAAUACUGGGUCGCAACACACGAUGAAGUCAAGAAGGGCGGAGGUUUCAUAAGCUGGUUCCUACGUAGAAAGGUCUGGACAGUAGAAGACGCGUUGAAGGAAGCAAGGGCAGAUGAUGAGGGCGAGUUUACGGAUGUGAGGUUCCAGGACAUGAGGAACGGAGAGAGUAGAGUCCUGGAAUGA